AUGUGCAGCGAAGUUAGAACUGAAAAUGAAAAAUCGGGCACAAUGACUUCAGAGGAUCCGCCGAAACGAAAAGUGACGGCUCAUAGAAAGAGGUCACCAGUCAUAUGUUCAGAAGUGUCAGACUCUGAUGAGGAGCUUCUACCAAACCAGGAACAACAAAGUGGAUCAGAUGAUUCGUAUCGCCCAUCUAGGAAAAAGUCUAACGCUGGUAACAAGCAUUUAAAUGAAAGAAAGCAUCUAACACGUUCGAAGCGAGCCACUGACGCUAAGGCUGAGAGCGAAAAUAAUGUGGUUGAUCUGUCGACACCAUCCACAACAAAUCAUCUCGAGGACUCAGAAGGAUCUGAAACAAUGGAGGCUGUUAAAAGCGCUCGAGUUAGAAGAAAAAAUAAAAGUAAUUUACUUUUGUUCUCAGAAUUCGCUCAUAGCUCUGUCCCAAAAGCACCGGUGGAGAAAGCAUCACCUGUAGGAGAACAGAGUAAUAUGGAUGAUUCAGACGAUGAAGAUUGGGAAGAUGUGACUGAGGAAACAGUUGGCGAGGUGGAUAUUAUGAAGACAUUACUAAGUGUUCAGUCCAAGCUCGAACCAAAUGAUGCUGAGAAAAAUGUCUCUGGCGCGGCCGUCACCGUUUCCGUACCACUGCACCCCGUUUCCCAAAAGACUUCCAAUAAAGAUCCUGCAAUUGCAGCGGCUCAGGCGCGAAUUAGGCAACUAAAAGAAUAUCAUCUCUCAAUGCAUGUUGUGCAUGUUCUAUGUUAUCUCGCCCAUUCGAGGUCUAUUAACUUACUGUGUGAUAGUUCCACUUACCGCGCUCUGGGGCUGUCUCUCUUGGGGAAUGUUACCUCGAUUCGUGCUGGUAAGGGAAUGUUGUUAGAUCCGGCGGAGUGGACUACAGAUCAUUUAUCCUCUUGUCUGUCGUUGUUCUUGGCACUUAAAAGCACAAAUUCAAAUGAUGAACUCCAAACCCACACCACUAUUUAUCAGCGCAUAUUUCACGGUACUUGUUCCACCACAGAUUGUGCUGUCCUCUUUGUGAGUGCGCUAAGGGUCAUCAAUUUUGAUGUGCGCGUCAUUUUAGCACUCACCCCAAUAUCAUUGAGACCACCUAUAUCUGCUCAAUUGAAUGUGAUUCCCGAACCGAAGAAACAAGAGGGCAAACAGUCAACGAAAGCAGUGCCAAAAAUAAACCGAAAAAUAAUAUCGUCGGAUGAAAGUGAUUUUGAGCCCACAAUCCAAAGGCGCCCACAUAAAUCCCUCACAUCGGAACCUGAUCCCCCGAGAUAUUAUGUAUUUGCUGAAGUAUUCUUGCCCAUGCUGAACCGGUGGGUUUGUAUUGAUUUCUAUAAACCCAAUGGCCUGGUUGACAAAGUACCCCACUAUCCGUCCUUGUUUUACGUCUUAGGUUUGACUACAACACUUUCCGUUAAUCCAGAUACACAACCUUACGUCGGUCGCAACCCAGUAGAUCUUGCUUCACGUUACGAUCCAGACUGGUGCAUCCGGUCUCGUCUUCAUCGACUGCCGGCAGAUCGUUGGUCCACUCUUCUGGACUAUCAGCGAGUUUAUUUUACCCGAGAUGCUGCACUGAAUUCCAGUUUAGUCUUACGGGAAGAUUGCGCGUCCACAGUGCAACGAGAUCGCGCCGACGAAGACAACAUUCGUUCAGGACUAUUAGCCCAACCUCUACCGGAGAAAAUGCAGGAUUUCAAAAACCAUCCACUCUACAUUCUACCCAGACAUCUAUUGAAAUUUGAGGUCAUCCAUCCCCCAGAUGCAUUGCCUUUGGGUUUCUUCCGUGGAGAACCGGUCUACUCUCGAGAUUGCUUACACUUAUGUCAUACUCGAGAAUCUUGGCUCAAAGAAGCUAAGGUGGUUAAACCUUACGAACAACCGGCAAAAGUGGUUAAAGCUCGGGCGUCCUUGAAACGAAAACUGCUACAAGGCUCAGAUCCAACACCACCCAUGGUAGAAAUUUUUGGAAGCUGGCAAGUGGAGGACUAUCAACCCCCAGUGGCGCAGAAUGGUAUAGUUCCUCGGAAUGCCCACGGAACUAUUGAUUUGUUCAAACCUUGCAUGCUACCAAUCGGCUGUGCUCAUAUUUGCCUAACCGGUGAGUUGUUGCAUUGUCACUAUUCUUGUUCUCAGGAAGCUGUCCCAGCUUUGAUUGAUGCUUGGCGAUCGACAAAGAUGAACGCUGCACUGGCUGCUGCUCAAGAACGCUCAGAACGGGCCUUGGACAAUUGGCGUCGAUUAGUUCGUGGUCUUUUUCUCUGGCACCGGAUUAAGGCUCAAUUCGCUCUGGCACCUUUGCAUUCUGAUGGUCCCGAAGCCCCUCAGUUUAAACCGGCUCGAAAGCGACAAACACGCAAAUCUAAGCAGCUUGUGCAUUCGAAAUCCACUUCUAAACCAGAUUCUUCUACUCUGGAUUCUAAAGGUCUUGACCCAGUGACAGUGGGUAGCUUGGUAAUGAAUAAACCCCUUUCUCAAGAUGGAGGCUGGCAGCGACUCGGAUCUGGUGAAAUCAGUCAGCAACUCCCUAUCUUCCCGGUUGCUUUGAAGGCGCCCUUCGCCUCUUCAACUAAUUCGAAGAGACAACUCAGAUGUCAGAAAGCAAAACCAGCUCUUACUAAGCAAUUCAAGAAGUCCAGGAGGCGCAAAAGACGUGCCAACACCACUAGCGAAGAAGAAGAAAGUGAACCUACACCGGUCACAAGUGAUAGCGAAAAGAAAACAGAAUCCAGUACGGAGGAUUCUGAUGAAUAA